UGAUUCUGUAUGUAAAGGAUGCAUUCGCAUAUGCCAUCGUUCUGAAGUCAGAGAUGUAAAUACGCUAUUAAGCAAAUCCUCAUGCUGUUAUACUUUAGGGAUUAAUUUAUUGCACACGUUCGCGCACACAAAUAUAGACAUAUAUAAUACUAUAGUGAUUUAUAUUGAUUUUUCAUACGGUCAAGCACAGAAACAGUGUCAUACUAUAAUACUGUAGAGGAUUUAAUAUAAUACAUACGAUCACGCACACAAAGACUGGUAAAGUGGUCAUCGGGAUCAUGGUUUUGGAAGAAAAUUCUGCGGAUGACGCAGAUAGCAACAAUACAACCCUGGAAACCAUGGGCGAGGAGAUACUAAAUCAAGUGGCGCUACUGCCUGCAAACCAUAGAAAGUGGACACUGUCAGACAGACAACUAUGGGUGAAAUGUAUGCGCAUUCAUAUGUGUCACAGAAGAAAACCACAAAGCACCGAUCAGAAAGAAGAAAACACUUCCGAAAAGGCGGUGGAAAGCAUGUGUUUUGCCAAUGGAGACUUCAAUAAGAAAUACUUUGAAUUUGAAGUGACAGAGACUGAGGAGAGGGUUUGGGAUGAAUCGAAGAAAGCACUACUAUACAAAGGUCUAGAAACAUAUGGCAUUGGCAGGUUUGGAGAGAUCAGAACGAAUCUCUUACCGCAGUGGACAGCAAACGAAUUGCGGAUGAAAACCAUGCCGCUCAUUGGUAGACAGAAUUUACAACUCUAUAAAGGAUUUAGAGGAAAUGAGGCUGAAAUAAGGAUACAGUACGAGCGCAACAAAAAGAUAGGUCUUGCUGUACCUGGGUGCUGGAAAGCAAAUAUAUUGGUCUCUGAUGACCACGGUGUCGUGCAGCGUAUGAUUGACGAGACCGAAGCAGAACAGACCUAUGUGCUAGAACCGUAGCACGUUGGAUGGGCAGUGAGAAGCAAUCGUAGUCUCGUUACGGCCAAGGGCGUUCCAUUCGAAGUUUACGUUCGAGUUAUAUACAACGACGCCUUCAACAUCGAGUGAAAAAAAAAUAGCUUUUCUGUGCCGGUGUUGGGGCACUUAAAUAAUUUAGGAAAUACGGGAUUAAUCAUUGAAAAAUUGUCGGUGCGAGCGGUAGCUCGUAACUUCCAACAAGUGAUUUUUAAGAAACUUCUACUGCUACCGUCAAUUCUCUGAACUAGUGUGAGAGUAAGUUGGCUUCCACAAAUAGCCUCUUAAAGUGUGGCUGAGUGCGCGUCUAACCUUGGCUUCCAAAAGGGAAGGUUGGUAUACGUCCUUUUGAAUAUGGGACCUUCACAAGAAUCUGCAUAUAAAAGUGUGGCUGCAAUUU